AUGCUGGUGCACCGGCAGAACCGGUACAUCGGAAUAUCGCGCGAGGGCUCGGUGGCGCUGAGCUGGCCCACCGACGACAGCAACGUCCAGUUCGAGCGGGUCACCUGGCCCAAGCUCUUCCAGGGCGUCUACCUCAUCCUCGCCCUCCACGCGCGAGGCGAGGCUGUGGUGCUGUCGGAGCUCUCCAAUCUGUCGGCUAGUGCCGCCGAACACCUGCGAUUGGACUGCACGGACAACAUCGAGUACCUCGAGCGCCACCGAGCCGAGCUCCGCUACCUCGCCAUGCUGAUGAUCAAGUACUCGCUGGGCAUGAGCAGCGAUGACUGUGGCGGACUGCCGGAGUACUCCAACUUCUUCUCGACGAUGCGGAAGAUGCUGGGCAUCCCCGAGGCGCGGCAGGAGAUCCGCGACGAGAUCCAGGACGUGCUGGGUAUCGUCGAGUCGGGCUACAUGGAGGAGCAGCGCCGGCAGGCCGCGAGCGAGAAGCGGACCGCCAAGCUGCGCGAGUUCGCCCAGCAGGUCGCCGAGACGCGCCGCGACGAGAAGACCAAGCGAAUCGAAAGGCUCAUCUCGGUGAUCGGUGCGGUGACGAUUCCCAUCGUGGUGGUGUCGGGCCUGCCGAUUGAGGUGGUGGCGCCUCCCGCGGUGGCCUUCUGGCACCUGCUCGUGGGCGUCGUCCUGCUCUCGAUGCUCUUUGCCGGCGCGCUCCUCUACUGGCAAUACGCACCCAGCCAAGAUGUGGACUUGCUGCCCGUGCCAGGCCUCGAGGGUGAUGACCAAAAGGCGGCCCAACUGCGAGGCGACAAUAUGAAGGCGAGCGGCGUGUGGGACACUGUGGGGCCUGGGGUGACGCCGCACCGGCCCACCAGGAGCGGGCCAGACCCAAGCGUGCUCCUGACCGGCCUGCGAUCCGUGCGCCGCGGCGUCAGCAACGACGAGCUCCAGUCCGUCCUGCGGUCGCACAAGCCCCGCAAGCACGUCUCCUACGGCGCCGUCGACCUGGAGGCCCCCAUGACCCCCUUCGCCCCACCCACCUGUCGACCCUCCGGAUAA